AUGCCCGUAGUGAAAGAUACCACCAAAUCUAAGAAACAAAAACGAGAUGCGAACUUGGACGCGCGCUCAGACGACUUGGACGCGUCGCAGGUGUCGAUCGGGAGCGACGAGACUCGAAUGGCAAGUGUAUUGGCAGAGCAGAUGCGAAAGUCGGCCGAUAAAAAGCAAAAAUUGCGCGAAGCAAAAUUCCUCCAAGCUAUGAAGAGAGAGCUGGCAAAGGCUAUGACACUUCGCGGCAAAGAGAUGAGCGCCAUCAGUGAUGAAUUGACUGGACAGUCUGAAAAAUAUGCUAUGGCAUAUGCUGAAAAUGAAGACUGCAUUCGUGGGAUUUUGAGCGAGAUCAUGAAAGAACGGGAGAAGAUCACGGAACUCGUGAAGCGGCGGGAGGCGCUGCACAGCGAAGAGAGCGCGCAAAUGGAACGAGAUUCGGUCGCAGGGCUGGCGUCUGUGAAGAGGCGUUGCGAAGGUGCGCAGCGACAGUCACCACCUACGCCUAGCGUUGCUCCGUACAUGCGCUCACGAGCGCGUCGCGAUUUCCAUGUUCCUAUACAGGAUACAACCGCAUCGUAG